CGGAGUGACGGGUCCGUGUAUACGUCCCGGCUAUGGAGGGCGGCGGAGAGGGUAGAUGUGAUGUGUUGAUGCCUGGUGAGCUGCAGGCCGUGGCGACGGCCGUGUCGACGAUCGUUCUUCGAUGUCAGCAGGAGAGGGAGCUGGGGCGACUGAAGGAGCAGUUGCGCGCACGUAGACGGAGGACAUUGACGGAAGGUCCGGACGAUGGGGCCGAAUACGUGGUGACGUCGGAGGCUGUUGUUCACCUGUGCUACGCGUUGGGUUGCGGAGUGAUUUCUUGUGCAGCGCCGCGGUGGUGGGUGAAGCGCAGGACAGGAGGCACGUGGGAAGACCUUAGGCAAUGCGACGACGCCACAGACAACUACUUCCGGGAUAAGCUACGAAUGUCGCCGCGAGUGGUCCGGGAGAUCGCUGAGGCGUGUGCACCUCAUCUUCAGCGGCGAGUCACGUUCUACAGGGAGCCUUUGCAGCCGGACCAGAUUAUGGCGUACGCACUGUACAGGUGGGCUACAAGGGAGACGUACGAGAGUAGCACGUGCAACUUCGGGAUUGGACGAGCUUCUGGCCUGGUUGCCGUCCACGACGUUACUGUCGCGCUGCUGAGGGUGUUCGGAGAGAAGACCGCGUGGCCGACUGAAGUUCGUAAACUCGUGGUUCUCCGAGCGUUCGGUGAUAAAGGGUUCCCCAACUGCCACGAUUGCAUUGACUGUACUCACAUCUACGUGGACAAGUCGGUGAACACUCCGAGCGAAAACUACUACGACAGGAAGCGCCGUUUCUCCAUCGUCGCGCAGGUUGUCGUCGACCUGGACUUCCGUGUGCUCGACGUGCACAUGGGAUACCCAGGUAGUUGCCACGACAUCAGGGUGCUGCAGUUGUCUAGCCUGUCGCAGUGCGCAGAGGAGGGGUCGUUGUUCCGUGGUCCCCCCGUGACAAUGUCGUUCGUUGUGAAGACGAACGGUGUCGACCGGUACAAGGGGUCUGAAGGCAUGCCAUCCAAACCCUAAGCCUCGCGUCGUGUCUGUCACCCGUCAGAGGGUCGGUCGGGGCUCCUGUAACCUGCACAAAACACGUCAGUCCACAUCCGCGAACAGAAGGAUCGUAACAGACCGAAAUGAAUGCGAGACGAAGCU